UCUUCUGCAAUCAUCUCCAUCUCUAUCUCUGAUUCCUUCUCCAUCGCCUCUCAUCUCCAUCGACUCCUCUGUAUCCUUCGAUUCCACUGCAAUUCAUCUUCUCCGUCGACUGUAACCCCUGCUUUUUUUCACUUCUUCUACAAUCAUCUCCAUCUCUAUCUCCAUCAGUUCCUCCAAUUCCUCCAAUUUUUCAAAUGGACUCUCUCAUACCUAACAAUGGGAACCAAAGAUGAAAUCCCUCUUGCAACUUGACAAUCUCCUUUCUCAAACAGUCUCCUUCCAGUAAAAGAAAAAAAAAACUUUCCUCUUCUCCACCAUCAACACCACACUCAAUCAAGCAAAAAUCCCCCUUUCUUCUCCUCAAAGUCUCCCUCUACUACUCUCAAAAACCAGACGGAGACUCCCAAAUUAAACUCGAAAAUCAACCAAAGACCCCCUCUUUGAUCUGAUUUUUUCCUAUAUAUAUACCCAAAUAAAAAAAUAAAAUAAAAUAAAAACUUCUUCCAUCAAUCACUGAUCUUUGAAGCAAAAAAUAGAGGACAGGAUGAAGAUGAUGCCGAUUUUGUCUGAGUGCAGGAGGCAUAGCAGGGCGCAGCCCCAGGUGCAGCAAGGCGUAGGCUCGGGUGCAGCAUGGCGUAGGCUCGGGUGCAGCAGGGCGCAGGCUCAGGUGCAGCAAGCGAGGGGGCGCAGCAGGGCUUGAUCGCCUUUGAUGGCUGCUGGCUAAAAUGAAAGCUCGGGAGACGAGAGAGAAAAGGCCAAAAGUCAAGGUGAGGAAGAAGACUUUGGCGGGGUAACGGAGAUGAUUGCAGAAGAGGCAAAGGCAAAGGCAAAGGCAAAAGAGGGAAAGGCAAAGAAAAAGGGCUGGGUUUA